AUGUUUGAUAAAGAAGAAGAUAAUAUUAGACAAAUAGAAAUUCUAUUACAACAAGUUGGUGUUGGAUUCAAAGACAAGUUGGCUAAACUAGAAAUAGAAAAGGAGAAGUUUGCAAAGGUUAAAAAUGUUGUUGAUCUAUCUUUGAUUACUGACCCAAUCAAGUUAGAGGUUGGUGGAAAGAUAUUCAAAACAUCAAAAGAAACUCUAACAAAGAUCAAAGGAUCUUAUUUUGAUGUCAUGUUGUCGGGACAAUGCCAGAUCGAUCCCUUUAAAUUGUUUAUUGAUAGGGAUGGAAAACAUUUUAGACAUAUUCUCAAUUAUCUUAGAACUAUGGAUUAUUCAGUUAUUCCAAAGCAAUUUAGAGAGGAGAUAGAUCGAGAAUUGGAGUUCUACAACCUCCGCUCUCUUUCAACACUAAUCGAUCACCAGAAGUUCCAAAUCAUUAAGGAUUGGAUUGGCAUACCUGAGAAAAAGUUUGAGUUGAUCCAUAGAGGCACAAGAGAUGGUUUCAGUUCAAGGGCAUUUCACGACGCUUGUAAUGGAAAAGGUGAAACUGUCACUUUGGUUAAAUCAUCCGAUGGAAAUGUGUUUGGAGGUUACAAUAGUCAAUCUUGGAAUUCCGAUAACAACACACGUGAUGUAGAUUCAAAGUUCAUUGCUUUGUCUAGUUCUCCACGUGCUCACAUGUAUCCACAUCCCUCAUCAAUAAGAUAA